AUGGGAGCUCAAACAAUCGUAUUCCUUAAUCUAGAAGGGCGUACCUCGAAUACCACCAGAUGCCUCAACCUGGGCUCCUACAACUACCUUGGCUUUGCUGCAGCAGAUGAAUACUGCACACCACGUGUUAUUGAGUCUCUCAAGAAAUACUCAGCAAGUACCUGCAGUGUUCGUGUCGAUGGUGGUACGACCAAGUUUCACAAUGAGCUAGAGGAGUUGCCUGCGCGUUUUGUUGGAAAGCUUGCUGCUAUCCUAUUUGGCAUGGGUUAUGUUACAAACUCUGCCAUCAUUCCAUGCCUAAUUGGAAAGGGUGGACUGAUAAUUAGUGACUCUCUGAAUCAUAACUCAAUUGUCAAUGGCGCAAGAGGAUCCGGUGCAACUGUUAGGGUUUUCCAGCAUAACUCCCCUGCUCAUUUGGAAGAGGUCCUGAGAGAGCAGAUAGCUAGUGGUCAACCACGGACACACAGACCAUGGAAGAGGAUCAUUGUCAUUGUUGAGGGUAUCUAUAGCAUGGAAGGGGAGCUGUGUAAACUCCCUGAGAUUAUAGUUGUCUCCAAGAAAUACAAGGCCUACACAUAUCUGGAUGAGGCCCAUAGCAUUGGUGCUGUUGGGCAGUCUGGCCGCGGUGUUUGUGAGCUCCUUGGGGUUGACCUAGCUGAUGUAGACAUAAUGAUGGGUACUUUUACCAAGUCUUUUGGAUCAUGUGGUGGAUAUAUUGCCGCAUCAAAGGUACAUACUACUGAAAGUGACUGUAUUACACUGUAG